UAUUAAUGUUUUAUGAGUACUCCCAAUAUGGCUGCGCCCAUGACCGUGCGUGCUUCACGUUGCCUAGCAGACGUAUUUCGGCGUCGAUGUAGCCUCCAAAAGCUCUCAGGGGCGUUUAUCAGAUGUUUGACAACAACAAAGAAUGGUGAUGAUGAUGGAAAAAGGGAAACUCAUUUUGGGUUUGAAUACAUCCCUGAAGAAGAGAAAGAGGGCAAAGUGUAUGAAGUGUUCGAAAAUGUGGCCUCUCGCUAUGACCUGAUGAACGACACUAUGAGUGCUGGAGUGCACAGGCUGUGGAAAGAUCACUUUAUGGAAUGCAUGGCGCCAACACCAGGGACCACUCUCAUUGAUGUAGCAGGGGGAACAGGUGACAUUGCCUUGCGAUUUCUACGCUACAUCCAGUCACAACGAUCAACGGAAUAUGCAGCCAGGCAAGAUUUCAAAGUCCAAAUACCCAGAGAAAUAAAAGCUAAUAUAUACAUGGACCCAGCCGAUGAGGACAGCUCCGACAGUUCAUCUUCAGACGAGGAAACAGAAUCUUCUCAACCCAGCUCAGUGGUAACUGUGUGUGACAUCAACCAGGCAAUGCUGGAUGUCGGGAAGACAAAACUUGAAAAACUGGGAUUUACAUCAGGAAUAAGUUGGUUACAAGGAAAUGCAGAAAGUCUACCACUGGAAGACAACACAUACGAUGUUUACACAAUAGCUUUUGGCAUCAGGAACUGUACCCACAUUGACAAGGUUCUGUCGGAGGCAUACAGGGUUCUGAAGCCUGGAGGCAGAUUUAUGUGCCUGGAGUUUAGUCAAGUCAAUAAUGCACUUCUCCGAUCGUUGUAUGACAGCUACUCCUUCCAAGUGAUUCCCGUGAUGGGGCAGCUGAUAGCUGGAGACUGGAAGUCCUACCAGUACCUGGUGGAGAGCAUCAGACAGUUCCCCAACCAGGAGGACUUUUCAGCAAUGAUCAGGAGAGCUGGCUUCAGAGUUGUCAGCCAUGAGAACCUCACAUUUGGAGUCGCUGCCAUUCAUUCUGGAUUUAAGAUUGUGUGAACUCAAUGUCAGUAAUAUCAGACCUUCACCCUGACACACCUCUCUGUUGAAGAUCCGACUAGCACUCAUUAGGUCACGUCAGGUGAACUUUCUUAUCAGCCAAUCAGGCUUCUAAAUUAUCACUACCACUGAGUGAAGCAUUCAAAGCAGCAUUGUUGACUUGGAAUUUGAACACAGACAGGAAGUUCUGAAUGGAAAAUAAUAAAGUAUGUGGUACUACAGUACAUUGAUGUGGAUAUUUUCCUUCCUGUUUCCUUUGUGAAAUCCAUGGACUAUCAGGUUUGCUGUCAUGGUAUUUUUGUUCUGUGGGUUGUCUUUCAGAAUCAAAUUUAUGGCAUGAAGACGAAGAAUUUGGCGACGAACUGCGACAGAAGGACAGCGUUAGCUCCAUGGUUGUCAUCACGACAGGGAUUACAAUAAAAACUUAUCCUCCCAGGGUGCCACUGGGUGCCAUAGAACGGGUGCUUGUUGCUAAGGCUGCCAGGGGAAAACGUCAAAAUCGUUGUGUCAGAUGUUCACAAAAUGAGUAUCAGAGUAAAAGGUCUGCUUUUUUAAUAAGAUCAUUGGGAAUUAUUCCUUGCAGCAUGAGUGACACAGGUUUACCACUGAUACAUAAGGUUGGUGUUUGACCUUUGUGAGAGACAGAUGAUGGGCAUAUAGAAGGAACAGGGGAUCACCAGAUUAUCAUCAUCAUCAUGUCAUCACUGACGACAUGGCACAAAACUAACUUUGUUGUGCACUCAAUCUUUUCCUUGAUAUUGUUGCAAAUUGAAGUUUAUCAUGAAGAAUUUUGUUUGAAGAACCCAGUAUUAGCUGGGAUAUUAUAGAAAGGUUUGAAACCUGCAACAUUAAAUUAAACAUAUUUAAAUUUCUCAUAAAAAA